AUGGCUGAAGCUCUAGUCUCAUUACUCAUUGAGCAUUUCGGUUCCAUGGCUCUUGAGCCGAUUGAAGAGGAAGUGAGGCUGGUCAAAGGGGUGGAUGAAGAUGUUGCAAACCUCAAGACCAAUCUUGAGGACAUUCAAGCAGUGCUUGAGGAUGCUGAGCAGAAGCAGCUGAACGAUGCGAGUCUAAAGAGAUGGUUGGAUAAGCUCAAAAAUGCGACGCACGACAUGGAUGAUGUUCUGGACGAGUGGAACACUGCCAUUCUUGAAUUCAAAAUCAAGAAAGAAGAGGAAGCUGAAAACAAUGCUUCUUCAUCAAACAAGAAGGUGUGUUUUCCUAUGCCCUCUUCUUGCUUCUGUUUUACCAGAGUCAAACGACUUACUUUGCGUCGUGACAUUGCUCUCAAAAUCAAAGAACUGAACCAAGACCUGGAUAGGAUUGCAAAAGAUAAAGAGAAAUACAAUCUUAACAUAAAGAGGGUCGUUGAACGACCUGAGCGACGACAGACUACUUUCCUUAUUGAUGAAACCAAAGUUCAAGGUCGAGAUAAGGAUAAGAGUUUGUUAAUAUGCAAGUUGUUGCGUGAGAGCAGUGAUGAUGGGAGUCGCCUUGAUAUCACCCCCAUUGUGGGGAUGGGGGGUCUUGGCAAAACUACUCUUGCCCAGCUAGCUUAUAAUGAUGAGACGAUUAAGACCCACUUUGAUAAGCGAAUUUGGGUGUGCGUCUCAGAUCCUUUCGAGGAGGUCAAGAUUGCCAAAGCAAUUAUUGAAGGCCUCGGAAAUAGUGCUCCAAGUUCAGUCGAACUGAAUGCUUUAGUGCACUGCAUUCAUGAGUCCGUUGCGGGAAAGAGAUUUCUUCUCAUCCUAGAUGAUUUAUGGCUUGAAGAUUACAGUAGAUGGGAAACUUUUUAUGUAGCUCUUAAAAAUGGUGCUAUAGGGAGUAAGAUACUGGUGACCACCCGAAAGCAAGAAGUUUCGAUCAUGAUGGGGGCAGCCACACACCAGAUUAGUCUGGAAAGAUUGUCUGAAGAGCAUUGUUGGUUAAUUUUUAGCCAAUUGGCAUUCAUGGAAGGAACAACAGAGAAGCGCGCAUAA